AUGAUCACUUUUUUCCUCUUCUUGCCUAUUCAAAUCUUGGCUUUUACAUAUGAAUAAUAACAGCAACUCCUUUCCGACGACGUAGAUUUUUAUUUGGAUUACAAUUCAGGAAACAUUUUUGAUUAUGCAUUCACAGAAAUGAUAGGCUAGGGUGCCUUCUCUGAAGUGUACUUGGGAUAUAGAGUCGAAGACUAGGAACCAGUAGUUUUAAAACAUAUCAAGGGCAGCCGAGAAAAGGUUGUUAAUAGGGAAAUCCAAAUACUCAAAGCACUAUAAGGAUUACCUAAUAUCGUUUAGAUUAUAGAUGCAAUCAAGGGAGAUGAGGAAGACUCAGAUGAAUUUUUUGAAUUAGGAUUAGAUAAUCCGAAUCAAGAAACACCUUAAAUGGAAACCAAGAAAUCUCCUCAUAAGGAAGAUCAUAUUGAAGCCACUAUCAUAUUUGCUUAUUAAAAUACUACUCGCUGUUUAGAUGAUAUUCGUAAAAGCGGAAAUUAUACUCUACAAUAAGUAAAACAUUACUUUAAACAAAUAUUUACUGCUUUGAAUAAGGCUCACGAAUUGCAUAUCAUGCAUAGGGAUAUCAAAGGAUCAAAUAUUCUGGUCGAUGACAACAAUAACAUUAUAUUAAUUGAUUGGGGUUUGAGUCAGUUUUAUGAUGAAGGAAGAAGAUAAUCUACCAAAAUGGGUACUAGAUAUUAUAAGGCACCGGAAUUAUUAUUGAAAUACAGAGAGUAUGAUUACUCAAUUGAUGUUUGGGCUGUUGGAUGCAUGCUAGCAGAUUUCAUUUUUAAAACUCACCCAUUGCUACCUGGAAAGGAUAAUGAUGAUUAAUUAAAGAAAAUCAUCUCUAUGUUGGGAACUAAUGAUCUGUUUGAAUACAUUAAAAAAUAUCAUAUUGAGUUGGAAUUGGAUGAAAUUCCUUAGGUUUAGGAGAGACUAGAUUUCAUGAAAUUGGUCAAUAAGAAGAACUUCAACUUAGUUAGCAAGGAGGGAAUCGACCUGUUGGAAAAGAUCUUUAUUUAUGAUCAUAAAUUAAGAAUAAAUGCAAGUUAAGCCCUAGAACAUGCAUUCUUCUUAUGA